AUGAAGUUCGCUGCUAUCAUCCUCGCUUUCGCUUUCAUCGCCUGUGCCACCGCACAACCAGCCACUUUCUCUGGUGUCUUCGAUGCCAAGACUGUCAACCAAACUACUGCUGUCCCAACUUUCCCAGCUGUCGGUAACGCCACUUUCGUUGUCUACAACCAAACCGAUAACUUCUUCUUCAACUACACCAUCUCCCUCGAAAACUACGCUGUUGGUUCCAACUUGACUUUCCACAUUGCCGGUCCAAUCCAAGGUCAAUUGUUCGAUGAAGCCAUCGAAACCGCCGUCAUCGAUAACGCCGCCACCACCAACGCCACCAUCACCGGUACCUACACUUUCGGAAAUGGAGGAAGCAAGUACUUCGCCGCCAACUGGGCUUCAAUCGCUGCUGGUAACACCACUUUCUACACCACUGCUUAUUUGAACGGUCUCAACCAAACCCGUGCCAACUUGGUCCCAGGUGAACUCCCAUCCCACUCUUCUGAAGACUCUGGUAGCUCUGCUUCAACCCUCGCCAUCUCAUCCCUCGUUAUGGCCGCCGCCGCCAUGAUUGCCCUCUUCUAA